AUCAAGUGGAGGCGAAACCGUCGGAUGCCGAAGUGACGUUACUUGCCCUGUGAGUGGUUGUCGUGGCGUGGCGUCUCUACAUUUUGACAUAUUCCUUGCGGACGUGAGGAGGAAGCCGCCACCAUGAGUCGCCGGAAGUUCGAUGAGAUGUCGGAGUAUGACUCCAGCAGGGACCGCAAGAGGCGCCGCACUGAUGCCGUAGAGAUCGAGGACCGCCUGGAGUCCCUCAUCAUCAGGGUUGGAGAGAAGAGCACCUCAUCCUUGGAGAGCAACUUGGAGGGGCUGGCCAGUGUGCUGGAGGCCGACAUCAACAACUACAAGGGCAAGAUUCUCAAGAUCCUGAGUGACUGUGCUGUCAAGAUGCCCGAGAAGACCACCAUCUACACCACCCUUGUUGGCCUCCUUAAUGCCAAGAAUUACAACUUUGGUGGCGAGUUCGUGGACAUGAUGGCCCGCAAGCUGAAAGAGGCCGUCAAGGCAUGCAUGUGGAAGACCGCCCGUUACGUCCUUCGAUUCUUUGCUGACCUGGUCAACUGUCACGUCAUCUCCACCAACUCCCUGCUGCAGCUUCUCCACACUUUCCUUGACACCGCUCGGGAUGACAACUCGCCUCAAGUGCGCAGCGACACCUACGUGUAUGCCGUGCUGAGCUGCCUCCCAUGGGUGGGGCGGGAGCUGUACGAGAAGAAAGAGCAAGACUUGGAGCGACUCCUUAAGCAUAUUGAGAUCUACGUCAGGAAGCGUAGCCGCAAACACAUGCCGGGGCUCAGGGUGUGGCGCUCCGACCGGCCACACCCGCAGGAGGAGUACCUGGACUGCUUGUGGGCACAGAUCUGCAAGCUGCGAUCAGACAACUGGCAGGAGAAGCACAUUGCUAGGCCCUAUGUGGCAUUCGACUCCAUCCUGUGUGAAGCCCUGCAGCACAACAUCCCACAGAUCACCCUGCCGCCACACCACUCAGACAACACCUACACCUUCCCCUGGGUGGUGUUCAGGCUGUUUGAUUACACAGACUGCCCUGAGGGUCCUGUGCUGCCUGGUGCCCACUCCAUUGAGCGCUACCUGAUUGAAGAGCACCUACACAAUAUCAUCAAGGAGUACCACCUGGAGAGGAAGCAGUGUGCCGCCGUUCUGUUGGACUUCCCCCUGAAACACAAGAUCCCGCUGGAGUAUAUGAUAGUGGAGGUGGUGAUGGCUGAGCUCUUCCACCUUCCUGUGCCUCGCUACCUUGAGAUCUGCUACGGCUCCCUCCUCAUCGAACUGUGCAAGCUGCAGCCCGCCACGAUGCCCCAGGUGUUAGCACAAGCCGUGGAGUUGUUGUUUGAUCGUAUAGACACCAUGAAUGUUUGCUGCUUCGACAGGUUUGUGAACUGGUUUGCAUACCACUUGAGCAACUUCCAAUUCAAGUGGUCAUGGGAUGACUGGCUGGAGGCGGCACAGCUGGAUCCCAUGCACCCCAGGGCCAAGUUCAUCAUUGAGGUGCUGCUCAAAGCCAUGAGACUGUCUUACCGCCAGAGGAUAGCCGAGGUGGUGCCUGAACAGUUUGAUUGCUUCGUGCCCCUCAAGCCCGAGCCGGUGUACAAGUUCUCCAUUGAUACGGCAGAUGCAGACUUGCCUGGCCUGGACACAGCUCAGCGGCUGGAGUCAGUGGUGCGAGCAAAGGGGUCAACCGCGGAGGUGCUGCAGGUCCUGGCCGAGCUGCCCAACCCACUAAGGGAGAAUGAGGACUCUGAGCCAACACACAACCCCCUCCAGAUCCAAGUGUUCGUACAGACGCUACUGCAUCUCGGCUCAAAGAGUUUCUCCCACGCCUUCGCCGGCAUCUCCAAGUUUCUGAAGGUGUUUGAGAGCACUGUGGGCAACAACGAGGAAGGGCAGCUGAUAGUGCUGCGGGAGAUGCACGAUGUGUGGUCUACUCACCAGCAGAUGGUGGUAAUGCUGUGUGACAAGUUCUUGCGCACACAGAUUGUCAGCUGUGCCACCAUGGCCAACUGGAUCUUCAGCAAGGAGAUGACCUCAGAGUUCACAAAGAACUACAUCUGGGAGAUUCUGCAUGGCACCAUCCGCAAGAUGAACAAGCACGUGGCCAAGCUGCAGCGGGAGGUGAAUGAAGCACGGGAGAGGAGGACGGGCAACGAAUCAGACGACUCUUCCUCCGACGAUGAGGAGCAGCGGCCCCGUCCCAGCGAGGAGGAGAUAGAGCGCAUGGAGGAGAAGCUGGAGACUGCACAGGCUGAUCAGAAGAACCUUUUCCUUAUUAUCUUCCAGAGGUUCAUCAUGAUCCUGUCUGAGCAUCUGGUCCGCUGCGACACAGACGGCCGGGACUUCAACACACACUGGUACAGGUGGACCAUUGGACGCCUGCAUCAGAUCUUCAUGAUGCAUAACACACAAGUGGAGAGGUACAGCCAGACCCUCAGCACACUGCUCUUCACCCAGGACUUGGAGCCUCACAUCCUGGAUGCCUUCAACCAGUUCGUGGCCCUGCGCUCCUAAGACACCAGCCACCCUCCAUUCAGUGCCCUGCUCCAUCUCGUUUCAUUGUGGAGUCUCAUUUUACUCCUCUCUUCAUGUAACCUUUUAUUUGAUCUAUAUCUCUACAACAUGUCAUUUCUCAUUCUCACUCACUCAUUCUCUCUACAUGCUGGGACACUCUUGUUUUAGGUGUGACAUCCCUGGUCUCCUCUAUCCAUCUCUGCUUAAUCUGCAUCUCUACUGCAAGUCAUCUUUCACUUAGUCUCUGAAGGUUCUGAAUCACCCACUGUUUUAUUCCUAACAUCCCUCAUCUAUUUCUCAUCUUGACACCUUUCUUUUAUCCCUACAUUUGACCUGCAUCUGCACCCCAUCAUCACUCAUCACUCACUGUCUCACUCAAUGCUGUGAAUCGCCCCUUUUUUAAUUCUGAUAUCCCUCACCUUAUUCCUAAGGUCCUCCUGCAAAUUCUCCAUUUAAUACCCUUUCCACUUUGAUAUGCAGCAAUUUACAACACUUAUAGUCACGGCAUUAAACCUUCACAAACACCUGCAAGAAAGAUGGUGUUAAAAAAGAUUCUCCAAUGUCCAGCCAGUAUACUGUUGACAAGUGAGUCUGGAAAAAAUGACUCGGUGAUUUGUGAGUUAGGAAAGAUUUGUCAAAUAGCAGUGAUAGUGUUGCCUAAUCUGUAUCUCCACUGCAAGUCCUCAUAUUCUUGCAUCAUUUACUUACUUACCUUUGUGGAUGUCAGCCUCACUCAUACUUUAUUCAAGCCUUUUAUAUAUAUAUAUAUAUAUAUAUAUAUAUAUAUAUAUAUAUAUAUAUAUAUAUAUAUAUAUAUAUAUAUAUAUAUAUAUAUAUAUAUAUAUAUAUAUAUAUAUAUAUAUACUUCCAUACCUCACUCCAGGUCUUGAUAAUACUCCUUCACUCCUAUACUCACAGUUUUCCAUCCUAAGACCCCACCAUUAUAUCUUGCUGACUUUAUUAUACUGGUUUUGUCACUCACUUUAUCUUGUGCCUCCAUUCACAUCCCUUAGGCCAAGCAGGUGCAGGUGUGUUGUGUUUGGGGUAGUGCGUGUGUACCAGUGUGUGUCAGUUGUCCUAUAAAUGUGACGCAGUUAAAUACUUUCAUGGUGUAACUUUCUUAGCCUUCAGUUGUAAUUGUAAGGUGAUGAGGUGUGAGUUGUAGGAGCAGCAAUAGUGAGGGAAGACUAGUGAGGUUGUUAAUGGUAUUGAAGGAAUAAUUUCUAUGCAGUUAGGAGAAGUAGCAGCAGUGAAGGUGACACACAGGCCUAAAAAUAAAACUGCCUGCGUCAUCAGCAUUGUAGUCAGAGGAGUGUGGUGAAAUGCCUACUAUGGAGGUGUGGGGGGUGCAGGAUGACGCCUGUGCUGUAGUGAAUCAGACUUCAUUGUGGCUGCAGGACAUUGACUGAGGCUUGCUGCUGAUGCAUCAUUUAUGACCAUGCACACACACACACAUACUAAAAUGUUGGGUAAUGGGAAGUGUUUGAAUUAUAUAAAAAGUGCAGGUUCCCUCUAUCAAAAAAAUCAAACAUGGAAUAUACUGGAGUGAGAGGUGACAGAAGUGAGAAGUGUGUGUACACCAGAUAAAGGAAAAGCUGGAUAAAUGGAAAUGAAGAAAAGAUUAUACAAGUGUAGCUCAAGCCCUGCACACACACACAUGCACACACCAUUAUAUUUAGCCUGUGUUAGUUUUUUCCACAAUAUCUAUUUAAUUUUGUGUAAUGUUUGUGUAAGUGUUAAUGGUCCAUAUUACCAGAUUACAGUGGAGCCUUCUUGUCCUGUUAAAAGUAGACAAAGUGAGAAAGGGGAAAGAAUUAGUAAAGGUGUUGUAUACAGGAAGUGUAAUAGCACUAAGCAAUACUGAAGGUGACGGUGAAGUGCACCUGAGCUGGGAGGAUUCAAGAUCAUCAAGGAGGAUCUAAAAGCAAUACAAAGCAAAAGUCAAAAGGAGAGGAAGAAAACUCUUAGAAAUUUUGGAACAUUUCUCAUGAUUAUUUUAAAAGCUAUAAGGAAAAAAAUACAGAAGUUGCAAUGUCCAUAUGAAAAAAAAAAAACAAUGAAUCAUAGGAAGUUUAAUUUUUGUGAUGAAAAGUGAAAAAAUUAUGAGAACAAUACCUUGUAGAGAAUAUAUAAAAGGAAACCAAAACAAGAACAGAUGAUGAAUGAGGGAUUACAAAUCAGUAGCAAGUGAAAGUGAAGUUGGAGUAAGAAAAAAAAAAAACAAGUGGAGAAUCAAAAGGAAAGGAUUGUAGGAAGGCAAGCAACAAGUAAAAGUGAGAGGCCAUGACAAAGGCAAUCCCCUUGAAGAUGAGCAAUUAUCAAGAUGCUGGUGGGCUGAAGAAAUAUCUUCAUUUAAAUAUUGCAACUGUAACACUAUUGUGUCCUUGUGUACCACUGAGUGACAGUUCAUUUUAUCCUUUGAAUGUGAGACAAAAAACUAAGCUAACCCAUUGCUCCCAUAGUAAAAUAAAGGUUCAUAUUCUCAAGUAUCACAGUGUCAUCUCUACUACUUAUAGCAAGCUGUAGUGGAUGUUCUUUAAGGUUUUCCAAGAUGCUAGUGAUAGUUUAACAAGGUUUCUAUACUUUUAACAGGCUCUAGUGGAAGUUAUGAGGGUUUCAAGGUUGUUUGCAUGAUGCUAGGGACAGCUCAACAAAGAUCCUGAGGUUUCAAUAGAUUAGUGGAGGAUUUUCUUCAUGAUGCUAGUGAUAACAAAUCCUGCACAAGCAAUAGAAAAAAAAACAAGAACAAAUUAUUCGUCUAUGGCCUCAGAAAAAAGUUAUGAAAGAAUGAACCAUUUAAGAAUAUAAAGCUUAGGAAAAUGUCAUAAUGCACGUACUAUAGUUACAAUACCGUGACUAUUAUUAUUUUUUCCUGUACCGUAUUUAAGUGUAUAUUUUUGUUGGGCGAAAGAGAAGUUAUGAUAUUUAUUCAGGAUGCCCUAUAAGUCCAGUUUUGGUGUCUGAAUGUAUGUAUGAUAUAUCAGACCCUCGGAGUGUUGAUGUGCAGUAUAUGGGAGGAGUGAGCUCUGUUCACACUAUAUUAAACCUCUACUACUAUCAUUAUUCUUAUACUAUAAUCACUAUAUAGACCCAUCAUAUUUUUAUUUUUUCUCAUACUACAGUGAAAUUAUAAUGAUGAUGUGAUGAUAGAAGUGUGUAUAUACGUUUAAUUGAUGAAAAGGACAAAAAAAAAAGACAAAAAAAAGUGUG